AUGGCUGAUGAAUGCACCGAUGUAGCAAACAAGGAACAGUUUACAAUCUGCAUUAGAUGGGUGGAUGACAGUCUAACAGACCAUGAGGAUGUGAUUGGAUUGUAUAAUGUUGGCACCAUUGAUGCAAAUUGUCUGGCAGCGACUAUCCGAGAUGUCCUUCUGCGUAUGAGCUUGAAAAUGACACUAUGCCGUGGGCAAUGCUAUGAUGGUGCGUCAAACAUGACUGGAAGCAAGCAUGGUGUUGCAACUCAACUUCAGGCAGAGGAGAGUCGAGCUGUACUAACGCAUUGCUAUGGGCAUGCACUAAACCUGGCCAUAGGAGAUGCAAUGAAGCAGUCUAAGAUAUGCAGAGAUGCAUUGGACACGGCAUAUGAAAUUUCCAAGCUGAUCCGAUUUUCACCAAAGCAGAAUGCAGCCUUUGACCAUAUCAAGGUAGAAACCUCAGCAGAUAAUGAAGGACUGGCUAGUAUUAUUGACAACUACAAUACACUCCAGCAGCUCUGGGAUGAGUGCCUUGACAAGAGACUUGAUCCAGAUGUCAAAGGAAGGAUCAUUGUCGUCAAGACUCAAAUGUCACAGUACUAUCUUCUCUUCGGCUUGCAUCUCAGCAAGAAAGUAUUACAAAUUACCGACAAUCUUAGCCGAGCACUCCAGAAACAGUCAAUGUCGGCAGCAGAUGGCCAAGAAAUUGCUCAGAUGUCAUUGGAGACCCUGAAAGGCAUGCGUACUGAUGAAGUAUUCAGCCUCUUCUUCGCUCUAGUUGGCCAGUCUUGUCAGCAUGCAGGUACCAAUGAGCCUGUCCGUCCCCGGAAACGGAAAGCUCCUUCUCGACUAGAAGUAGGAUCUGGAGAUGGUUUUCACAGCAUAACGGUUGAGGAACACUAUCGCCGUCAGUACUUUGAAGCCCUUGAUCUGGCUAUUUCCGGCAUCAGAAAGCGCUUGAUCAGCCUGCAAGUAGCAUCAUUUUACAAAGAUGACUUCAAACCUGUAGAAUUGGAAGCACAGUUGCUGAACCUCGGCACGUGGUUUUCAAGGAAGAAGCAGGAAGCAGUAUCAUUGCAAGAUUGCCUGCAGUAUCUUAGAAGUUUGUCAAAUGGCCAGCGAUCAUUCUACAGUGAAGUAUGCUGCUUAGCUCGUCUUAUUCUAGUAAUGCCAUCUACAAAUGCUGUAAGCGAGUGA